UCCACACUGUACUCUCUCUCUCUCUCUCACUCAACCAAUUUCUCUCUCGCACGCAGUUUCUCUCACUACAUUUUCGUCUCUCUGAACUAAUGGCGAAGAUCAAAAUCGGAAUCAACGGAUUUGGCAGGAUCGGUCGUUUGGUUGCAAGAGUUGCUCUGCAGAGGGAUGAUGUUGAGCUUGUUGCCAUCAAUGAUCCGUUCAUUGCCACCGAUUACAUGACAUAUAUGUUCAAGUAUGACACUGUUCACGGGCCAUGGAAGCAUCACGAGGUGAAGGUGAAGGAUGAAAAGAAUCUUUUAUUUGGUGAUAAACCAGUCAGAGUGUUUGGUUUCAGGAACCCUGAGGAGAUUCCAUGGGCUGAAGCUGGUGCUGAGUUUGUUGUUGAAUCUACUGGAGUCUUCACAGACAAGGACAAGGCUGCUGCCCACUUGAAGGGUGGUGCUAAGAAGGUUGUGAUCUCAGCCCCGAGCAAAGAUGCCCCGAUGUUUGUUGUGGGUGUGAAUGAGAAGGAAUACAAGUCUGAUCUAGACAUUGUUUCCAAUGCUAGUUGCACAACCAAUUGCCUUGCUCCAUUAGCCAAGGUCAUUAAUGAUAGGUUCGGUAUUGUCGAGGGCCUCAUGACCACCGUUCACGCCAUGACCGCCACUCAAAAGACGGUUGACGGUCCAUCGAUGAAGGACUGGAGAGGUGGAAGAGCUGCCUCAUUCAACAUCAUCCCCAGCAGCACUGGAGCUGCCAAGGCUGUUGGUAAAGUGCUUCCAGCACUAAACGGCAAGUUGACCGGGAUGGCAUUCCGAGUGCCGACAGUUGAUGUUUCCGUUGUUGACUUGACUGUGAGGCUCGAGAAGGAGGCUACCUAUGAGGAGAUCAAAGCUGCCAUCAAAGAGGAGUCGGAGAACAAGCUAAAGGGCAUCUUGGGUUACACCGAAGAUGAUGUGGUGUCCACAGACUUCAUCGGUGAUAGCCGGUCAAGCAUUUUCGAUGCCAAGGCUGGAAUCGCGUUGAGCAAGAACUUUGUGAAACUUGUGUCGUGGUAUGAUAACGAAUGGGGAUACAGCUCACGAGUGAUCGAUUUGAUCGUGCACAUGGCUUCUGUUGCAUGAAGAGCUUUACGAGAGAAAAUCGUUCCCUUUCGUAUACUAUUUAAGUUUUUUUGUUUUUUUGUUUGAGUAGAGAAAAGCACUUGUCUAACUUAUGGCCCUUGUGGGGGUUUUACUUUGAAAGAAUGGGAAUCUGGAAUAAGUUGUUACUGCACAGCUUUGGCUCUGCAGUUUUUUUUUAAAUAAUAUUUGGUAUGGAUUUUCCUUUCAAUAUCAAGAUUUAGAUCCUUUUCAGUAU